ACGUCAAGAAUAAAUUACAGUAAAUACGAGUUAGGACAGCAAACUUACAAAAUUCAAUUGCCUUCUUUGGUUCGAACUUUCAUUGGCCGAAAAGGAGCAUUUUGUUUCCAUGGAGAACUCCCAUUCAAGGAGCAGCGGCAUCACUGAGGAGCCCCAGGCGCACAGCAUUUCAAUCGAAACUAGUCAAAAUUAUACCCUCGAGACAAGGCUUACCCUCGAGGCAAGGCUAAGGGAGGCAGAAGAAAAUGCGAGCAGCGGCAUCACUGAGGAGCCCCAGGCGCACAGCAUUUCAAUCGAAACUAGUCAAAAUUAUAUCCUCGAGGCAAAGCUAAGGGAAGCAGAAGAAAAUGCAAAGAAUCAAUCUCUAACACCAAAGAUACAGAAGGUUAUAUUCUUGCUGCGAGAUAACAACGAUUUCAACAAGAAUUAUGAGCCAAAAGUGGUAUCACUCGGUCCAAUCCAUUAUGGUAAGCCAAAAUACCAGCUAGGAGAGAAUUACAAGCUACGAUUGACAAAUGCAUUCAUCAAAGGUAGCGGUAAGAGCAUGCAAGAUUUAUACAAGAAGAUUAAGGAGAAAAUCAAUGAACUGAGGACAUGCUUCGAGAGGGAGGUGACCAAGGACUAUGAUGAUGAGGCCCUCACUUCGAUUUUGUUCGUGGAUGGCUGUGCAAUAUUACAGUACAUAUAUUGUGCAACUAACGUCAAGUUCAAAGAGUUGAAUAUAAAAACGGACAGUGUAGCAUUUGGGCAACAGGAUUUGUUCUUGCUGGAGAAUCAACUUCCCUAUCGUCUACUCACAUGGUUGAUGAAAUCGAGUGGGAAGGAAGAUGAUUUGAAGAAAUCAAUUGACAUCUACAUUGACUCGCACGUUAAGGUACCAGAGGAUCAGCAAUCGAAUUGGUUAUCGUGGAGACUCUGCCAAAGAUCGAAGCCACAAGCUCAGGCUCAGGCUCAGGCUCCAGAGCCCGUCCAUCUUCUUGACCGUCUGAGGACACGAUUGCUUCAUGGACAAGGGUACAUUCAUCAUGGAAUGGUUGGGAAAAUCAACCGAAAUAUACAAAAUGUCCAAGAGUACUGGCAAUCCUAUCGCAAUGUCCAGGACCUUAAAACAGCAGGUAUCCAUUUGAAACGUGGUAACAAUAGUUACUUGUGUAAAAUAUCAUUCACUAAAAAAUUUCCUUUUCGUGGACAACUUCACCUUCCUCCAAUUGUUGUGGAUGACUCAACCGGACCUAAGUUCCUGAACUUGAUAGCAUAUGAAAUGUGUCUGGAUUUUGAAAAUGAUUUUGGGUUCACCUCUUAUAUAUCCUUCCUCGAUUCACUAAUCGAUGAAGCCAAUGAUGUUAAGAUGCUAAGGAAAGCACGGAUACUCCGCAAUGUCCUUGGCAGCGAUGAAGAAGUGGCUAAACUCUUCAAUGAGAUAGGCAAGGACUUGGUGCCUAACAUGGAAAUAUACAAGGAUGUCAGAUCAAAAAUUCAGAAGCACUAUGAGAGCAAGUGGAUGACCUGGAUAGCUCAAGUCUUUCACGACCAUUUCAGUAGUCCCUGGACGUUCAUUGCUUUCAUUGGCGCAUUGUUAGCACUUGCUCUAACUAUCACUCAGACCUGGUAUGCUGUCAACCCUCCCCCAGGACCCUGCGAUUACUUCUGCAAAAACUUAAGGCCAAAGUAAAUAUGCAAAAGACGGCCAUUUCCAAAUAAUAAGGUCAUUCCAAAGCCAUAUCAUCUUGUUAAUUUGUUUACAGCUUGGCGUUGAAGUUUUCUUGAAAUAAGUCAGGGUGAUUGUACUC